CACAAAGUCCACAAUAUACCGUCAUGUCACUUAUUAAUGCAGGAGGCGGAGCUUCUGAGGCAACAGAACAUUCGUGUCUGAGCGGAGUAACGACGACUGUAAUAUUAUACAAACAAAAGGCAGGACCCUUCAAAAUAAGGCCAGCCCAACCAUGGGGAAGUCUCUGUUUUCUUUGCCAAAGCAAAAAGAGGACCAGGAGAACCUGACCGAAAACACAGAGUCUCACACUGAGGACGAUAAACAUGAUGUGUCACAGUUUCCAUAUGUUGAAUUCACCGGCAGAGACAGCAUCACCUGUCCUACUUGUCAAGGGACGGGGAGGAUACCUAGAGACCAAGAAAACCAGCUAGUUGCUUUGAUACCAUACAGUGACCAGAGGCUGAAGCCAAGACGAACGACCUUGUACGUGUCUUUAUCAGUCUUUCUGUGUCUGCUACUCUCUGGUUUGGCUGUGUUCUUCCUGUUCCCCCGGACUAUUGACGUCUCUUAUGUUGGGGUGAAGUCAGCCUAUGUCACAUACAAUCGAGACCAGCGGAUAAUAUACAUAAAUCUCACGAAUACUCUGAACAUCACCAACAAUAAUUACUACCCAGUGCGCGUGGCCAACAUCACAGCACAGGUGCAGUUCUACAAGACUGUGAUUGGAAAGGCCGUCGUCAGUAAUGUCACCAGUAUCACCCCUCUGGAUCUGCGUCAGGUCGAUUUCACUGUUCCCACCAUCAUAGCAAAUGAGAUGAACUACAUAUUUGACUACUGUACCAUGCCAUCAAUUAAAGUGCAUAACAUUGUGGUCAUGAUGCAGAUGACUGUAACUGUCAUGUACUUUGGCCACGCUGAGCAGGUGUCUCAGGAGAAGUACCUGUACGUUGACUGUGGAUCAAACACCACGUCUUCACUUGGACACAAGAGUGUGAUCCAGUGAUGUCCCUCACGUUCCCAUGUGGUGAAAAAAAACCUGUUCUGAGUGUUAAAAAAUGGCAGAAGAUGAAGUCUACUGUAGGGAGAACACGUCAGGACUGAUCAGCAACUUUCAGCCAGAGCGCUGAUGUCUUUCUACUCCAUUAUUAUCAAUUCUUUAGCACAGCACUGGAGGUUUUGCUUGGAUAGACGGAAGCACUUUAGUAUAUUUUGGGAGAAGGGGUGACAGCAGCAGAAUAUUUUACAUAGAGCUGCAAAUACUCAAACCACUUUAACUACUCCAUUACAAUUUUACUUUCUACUGUGCAUUUGUUUUGUGAUGUUAAACAGCGUGCUGUAAUUUCCUUAAGAUCAUGCUCAUUUUAUUGUUAUUUAGCUCUUUGCAGAGCAGGUUCUCUUUAGUUUUUUUGAGUAUGGUCUUAUCAGCAUGCCAGCUUUCAGAAGUUCACGAGUUAAUGAGAAUAUUUAAUUAAUCCACAUUUUGGAUUUAAAAACAAAAAAUAAGUGUGUGUGUGCGUGUGUGUGUGUGUGUGUAUAUGUGUAUAUAUAUAUGUAUAUCCACAAUUUCUGUCCAAAGGGAAAUUUAGAUUGAAGGACUAAACUAAUUCUGAAAAAAAAAAAAAAUGAAGUGGGCCGUUCUGAGGCCAAUGCAAAGCUGAACAUCAAACAGGUGUCAUCAUAAAAUAUAUUGAAAUAUAAAUAACUUAAAGUUACCCUGAGUUACCACACAAGGAAUACCAUAUUUGUUAAGAGAAAAAAAAAGUAAUGAAAAAGAAGGAAGUUUUUUUUUGUAUUAUAAAAAUGGACUUUUGUUAAUUGUUCUUAAAUCAUUUCUUCUGCCACAUUUUAGUCAAAUUCUACCAUCAUUUGUCUUCUUUUGGUGUUGAUGUAUAUUAUUGAUGAAUUAGAUGUUUCUCGUUCACAUUUGCUUAUCUUGUUUUGUUGGAAUGGGACUUUUACAUCAAAACCAUUUUUAAAUUGUGUUUAUUUAAAUGUUAUCUUAGGGAAAUCAAUAAAUUACAUUCCUUCGAUGAA